AAUAAAAAUCCCGCUUUCCCAAUUCUUAACAAACAUACACACGGAAAACAGAAAACGAAUUUUCAAAAAAUUUUCCUUUAGUUUCUUUUUUCUGAUUAAUCCUAAAACUCUCUCUGCGUGACUUAUUUUUGUCGUACAAGGCAAAUGGGAAGAAACGGUAACGGAGAAGGAAGUGGUGGUGGAGGAGGAGCAGGAGGAGAGACAGUUCCACGAUUAGGUUCAAGCUCAAGAGUGAGAAGAGGAGCAGACCCGUUGUUAGUGGUGUGUAGAUGUUUUAGCUUCGUAACUGCUCUCACUGCUAUCCUUUGCAUUGCCGUUAAUGCUCUCUCUGCUGUUCGAUCUUUUAGAGACGGAUCCGAUGUAUUUGAUGGCAUAUUUAGGUGCUAUGCUGUGCUGAUUGCGUUUUCUGUGGUUGUUGCUGAGACUGAGUGGGGUUUUAUUGUGAAGUUCUGGCAGGUGUUGGAGUAUUGGGCUGGUAGGGGUAUGCUGCAGAUAUUUGUUGCAGUGAUGACGAGAGCUUUCCCUGACUAUUCAUCAAGCCAGAAGGAUCUUAUUCUUCUACAAAAUAUAGCAAGCUAUAUGCUACUUGCUUGUGGUGUGGUUUAUGUUGUUUCGGGAAUUCUGUGCAUCGGCUUUCUCAAACGUGCUCGCCAACAGAAAGAAAUUUCAAAGGAGCAGGCAGUCAAGGAUUUGGAGCAAUUAGAGCGGCGAAGGGAGGAGCUAGAACAAUUGCUCAUGGAAGAAAGAGUUUGACGCCAUCUACGCCAGUACUGUUUUCAGAUAACAUUGAUAAUGGCUUUGAUGAACCCUAACUGCGUGAAUCUCAUGUUACUAUGCUUAUACCAUUUCAUUGAUUGAUUCUGUUAGUUGUUUUCUGAAGGUUUCUUUUCCAUGAAAUUGUAUAGCUGUGCAGUUGUGCAGAAAGCCAUGUAGUUUGGUUCCUUUUUUUUUUUUGUUGGAAACCUAACUGCUUUGGCUUUUGUUAUCCAUAUGUUUCAUGAUCAAGCGCAUUGCAUUUUCAAGAA